GUUCAGUCAAAGAUGGAGGAUGAAUCUUUUAAAAUUAUAACUGAUAUGAGAGAAAUUUGGUCGACAACUCAGAAAAACUAGGGUCCACAUUAGAAUAUUAGUGGUUCCCCAUUAUCUAGUGAAGGAAUAAUGGAUCCAGCUACAUGGUCUGCAUACACACAACAUUAUUCUAGACUUGGUAGUGCUGUAAGUCCUGCUGCUGCUUCAUUUUCCCAACAGGCACAGCUGAAUGAGUUAGGAUUGUCAUCUACAUUUUCACGCCAAGACCAUGUUGGAGGUUACGGUGCUGGAACAACACCUCAUCCUUUUUUCUUAACACCUCAUCCAGGGUUAAACCCUCCACAACCUUCUAAUCAUGUUGAUACAUCAUUCAGUUCUGCCAGUAUUUUGCCUCCUGGAUAUGAACAUAAUCUUCUUUCUGCUCAGUUUCAAUCAGCUGCUGCAAAAAGUCAUUUUACAGGACUGCCAACUGGAGCAGGGUUUUUAAAAGCAGCUCACAAAGAACCAGAUUUGAGUGAUCUACGAGGGGGAUUUGCACAUCGUGGAAUGACUCCAAAUCACAUGACUGCUGGAGCUAACAUGGCAGUAGCCAUGACAGGAGCCACUGGACUUGGAUCAGGAGCUCUUUUCAAUCCACACAUGGCAGCUGCUUCUUGGAGACAUUCAAAUAUUGUUAGUUCUGCUGGAAAUCCAUUUGGGUCUUUUGCAUCAGAAGCAGUUAUGCCAAGAUCAAUUGGAGUUGAAAAUAAUAAUGAUAAAGUUCAGCCUCAAGUUAGCAAGUCUCCUAGAAGAUCCAUUGGAGGACCAUUGAUUGACCAAGACUUAGCUCAGACAUACAGGAAUAUUUUACCUUCACCUGCUCGUCCUCCUUCCUCUUUAAUAGAUUCUCAGAAUACUCACUCUACUUCAAUGAACAGACAAGUAGAUUCCUACUUGAAUAGUAUGGCGGACUUGUAUACUUCUAAACCAGAUUUUCGUGCUUAUUCUUCUAAUUCAAUGAUUCAAGUAUCCCAUGACUCAAUUUCUCAGCCAGUUUAUUCUAGUUCAGCUUAUGCUCCUUUAGAUCUUCACAUGGAAAAACAAAAUGUAUACAAUACACAGACAGAACAAAAAAUGUCAGGUGCCACAACUGAUAAAGAGUCUUUUUUACCGACACCAAGUGUAAUAGUAAGCCCUCAGUUUCAACAUAUUCAGUCUCAGAGACAGAACACCUUAGCCAGUAGUUCUGGUGCUGGUUCAGAAAGUACUACUGCUAAUGGAGAAACACUCUUGUCCCAAAACGUUCAAAGUAUUCAUUCAACACAUUCUUCAGAACACCAGCUUGGUAGUAGUCCUGAAUUUAAUCAAGAGCAUAUUUUUAAUUUUGGAAAUAAUAUGCAAGGGCAUUCACCAUUUGCAUCUUCUGCACCUCCGUCAUCAAAAAGCCACUGUUCUUCAGGAUCAGCAACACAAGAAUAUAGCCCACAAAAUAUGAACCAGAACACUUCACCAAUUAUGCAAUCAACAUACCCACCAAUGAGCACACCAACACAAGCUCCAACACCUGUACACCCUUCUCCUUCAGUGUCUGUUGGGCAAGCUUAUGUUCCCAACUCUUUUGUUUCUAGUCAGGAGGAUGCCACUGCCAUAUACUCUUCUGUUAUUACUCAAGCUGGCACCAUAAAUUCAAAUCAAACCAACUUUUCCACAACUCAUAGUGAUCCUUCUCCUUCUCCAAAAUCUCAUUAUAAUGGGGAGCAUACAGCAAUUUCUCAAUCUUCAGUUGAAAGCAAUCAUCUGGAUAUGAGUGAACAGGCAUUCUUUGACCAGCUGCAAAAUCCAAUUCAUUCUCAUAAUGUAGAAGACAACUGUGUUCUUGAUGUUGUCAGUACUCCUCUUGGUUCAGAAAGCCAAAAUUGUGUUAGCACUUCCAGAAAUCUAAUGGAAGAGGAUCUCAAUAUGGUACAGCAAAAUAUUAGGGCAGAUGAUCAAAAUUCUCCUCUUUGUUCAAUGAAUACAGCACUUGGAAUGGAAGAAGCAAGAUCACAGUCAGCAAAUAUGCAAAUGAAUUCCAUAUUGAAUGGACCACAGCCACUUCGUUCACAUAUGCAGGAGUUUACUAACUUAAUGUCAGCUGAAGACAGGAUGAAAGUUUAUGAUUUUGAUGAAACACCUGAGCCAAUUGCUAAUCGGUCAAAUAAUUUUGAGAUGACUGGAUUUGAAAGAAAACCUGGUAAAAGAGGAAGACCAAAAGGUAGAAAGAACUUCAAGAAACGUAAAACCAAAAAGAGUCCAGCUUGGGAACUCACUUCAGAAGAUUAUAUGCAGCUAAAAGAAGCACAGAAGAAUUGGGCUCAUACACAGAGGUCUUUAAGUAAUUCACUUAUACAGAGCGAUAUUAAUGAACACCAUUUUUCUCAAACUUCUCAUACACAAAUGCCAAUUUCCAGCCAGAAAAGAUCAUCAGCUGAGAACUUACCUCCAUAUCAUUCAGGAAAUCCAUCCUCUGGUGUGAGUAAAUGGUCAUUACAAUUUGGUAGCUCUUACCAGCAUUCAGAUUUAGACAUUCCUGUUGCAGCUUUCCAGGAUAGUUCAGUACAUUUCCCAAAAGAUACUUUUCCAGGAAUAUCAUCAUCUUUAAACCCUACUAGUGAUCAACAUAACAGUUUUAGUUUCAGUGAACAAGGAGCUCAGUCAGUACCCAUGGAUGUAACAAUGUCUACUUUACAGAGGGAAGCUGAUCAAGAAGCACUUCGUGUUUCAAUAGAUGAACUAGCUUCAGCAUUAGAAGCAUCAGAACAGAACAACCGUUCAACCAUUCCUACUGAAGGGAUUGAUGAUUCCCUUUCAGUUCUUCAACAUAGUACAGGACAUACAGGUGGAACAGGAAUAAGUGAUAAUCUCUUUCACUCCAAUAGCUUUGAUCUAACUUCUUCUCUUGGAAAACCUCCAAUUAGCACAUCUUGUAAUAAUUCAGUUCUGCAUUCGUCAUCAGUAGACAUCUCAUCCUUUGGUUAUCACAAAGAUGCUUUCACCAUUGAUGAGAGAGGUGUGAACUUGGGACUUAAAUCAUCAAAUGGCUUGCCAAAUGACAAUAAAAAAAUGUUAAGUCAGAAUUCGUCAGGCUCAAUUUUGUCAUCUUUUCAUAUUAAUUCUACCAAAAGAAAUAAUAAUUCAGAUUGCCAAGAACUUUGUCAGGAUUGGAACUUGGAAACAGGUGAUCUUAGCAAGUCCUUUGAGAAAAAUGUUAACCAGAGUGAAGCAUCUACAUCUGAGGCUAGAUAUCAGCCAUGUUCUGUUAAUGUAAGUUCCUCUCUUCCAGAAUCGUCUGUGGAUCAAGAUAAAAAUAAUAAAUCCAUUCCAGGUAUUGCAGAUGACUUUGGGUUUCUUGAUUUUCCAAUUAAGUCAGAUAAAAAGUCAGAGUGUGGAAAACCUGGAGCAUUUGGUGGUUUCUUUAAAAGUUUUCUCAGUUUUCUCACAGAUAAAACAGAAGACAUCUCAGCAAACACUCCCUUUGGAAAAAGAGGAAUUAGUCGUGGAAGAGUACGUGGUCGGAGGGGAAGAGGAAGAGGACGUUCUUUCCAUGGGUCUUUCUCAUCAAAUGCUUCAGGAGAACACUUCUGUAUGUAUGAUUCAGUUGGACUGUCUGUGUCAAGAAAAAAUGAUAAAGAUUCCUGUGGGAAAGACCGCAGCUUGUCUCCAGUCACAGGAAAUCUGACUGGGGAUUCUUCUCUGUUCUUUGAUAGCUCAGACCUUCAAAAAAUGGUUGUUCCCAAUCCUGAAGCACCAUCAUUUUCAUCAGAUGAAGAAGAUAAUGCCACCCAAGGCAUUGCCAGUUCUGUAGCACAAGCACUUCGUCACCUCUCGUAUGAAACGGAGGGUGCAUCAAGUUCACUAAAAAUUAAUGAACAUUGUUCUUUAUUGGCUUCUGAUAAUUUAGCUGAUAAGCCAUUACAAGCAGGAAAUUAUGUACAAGCCUGUUUGAAAAAGGGAUCUGUAAAUUUUACUGAAAAGAAAAGAGGAAAGUCUUUGAACUACCAUUCAGGCAGUUUUCCAGUGCAUCUUGGUAGAGAUCAAAUUUCCAAUCCACGUGUGCUUGGAAGAAGGUUUCAGUUUUUCAAUUCAUCAGUUAGAAGAAAGCGUGGUAGACCUCCCAAACCAAGGCCACUUGUUUAUAGUAAUUUACCAGGUAGAGAAGCUCAUAGGGAAAAUAAGUACCAGCAGAAUUCAGAGAAAGCAUUGGUUUACCAACCAGUAGCACUUGAACAGCAAGGUGAGCAAAAAUCCAGUAGAACCCCUGAAGUUUCGCCAGUAAAAGGAAGAGACCAGCAAGAUGAUUCUGAUUCUGACCCUGUUUGGAUGCCAGUAUCAAGAAAUCAUGAAAGAGGAAGAGGAAGUAGAGGACGUGGUAGAAGUAGGAGGGGAGUGGGAAGAAGGCCUGGUCGGCGGUCACUGUCAUGCAGAGACGAUAUCGGCAAUGAUAGUGACAGCAGUAAAAUUACAUUCUCGGAAGGUGAAAACAAAAUGAAUAGAGAAAAAGUUGAAGAACAACAGCUGCGACAUAGCUCCAGAUACUCUCGUCGUAGUAAACAGCAGGAAGUGAGGGAGUGUUUAUAUCGUUUUGAAUGGAUUAAAUGCAAGCAAAUUAAGCUGUGGAGAAUAGAAGGAAAAUCUUUGCUUCAGAGGUUUGAGGCUUAUGAAGCUGAUGGAAAAGUUCUUUACAGAAACUCAUCUUCUUAUACAGCUUGGAACCUGGCAGAACGUAAUAAGUACCUGUCAGCCACUGUUCGUGUUCAUUCAAAUAGUCGCGACAACACUGUUGUGGAACUACUCGAUGUUCAGAAAAAGGAAGAAGAUAAGGAAAUAAAUGGAAACAUUGUCAAGCUGACAAAGGAUGAAAAUAUUCAUCCUCAGAGGGAAAAUUUUGAAGUGUUUCUUCAGACAUUAAUUAGUCAAGUUCUUGACCCAAAUUUCAUUUCAGAAAUUAUUAAAGAAAAUGAUGAAUACUUCCUAUCUCAUGUGAAGGGAAUAGAGAAGAUAACAAUGGAUCAGAAAAACCUCCUGUUUCACCAGGGGUCUUGGGAGCCUGAGUUGUUGCAGUGUGCUGAAAUGUAUCCUUGUGUUAAUGUAAUGCCUCGAAAGGAUGCAGAGGUGGUUAACUGUCAGGUCUGUCAGAAUGUAUCGAGUGACCAACUUGUGCAGUUCUAUGGACAGGUGUAUGAUCAGACCACUCUUGGUCACCAACUUAAUCCAGAAAAUACCAAGCCCAAAGUCACCCAGUUUUCAGUGUGUACUUCGUGCUCUCAGAAAGUCACCCUAUUCAGCAGACUUCACCACCAGAAGUACAAUUUUUUCCUCAAAUGUCGACUUAAGGUGAGUGCUGUUCGAGGAGGAGAUGACAACAAAGAAUCUCACUUAAUCUUGGAAGAAUGUUUAGAAGAUAAUUCAUGGGUUAGCAGGAUGUUUACUGAAGUAGUGGAAAUGUGGAAUGAGUGUGAAAGGAGGAGGUGACAAUAAAGAUUCAUCUCUCCUACAUAAUUUUUAUUGUACAGUCUCAUCGAACUAUACCAUUUGUACAGCCAAAAGUUUAGUGAAAAUUUUUUUUCUGGGACUUUCCUAUUAAUUAUGAGGUGACUUGUUUUCCACUCAGGAGAGAUCAUUGUUAGAUUCUUUUUUUUUGUCUGCAAAACCUUUGUAUAUGUAUAUAUACCUGGGUUGUCAAUGUAUUUUAGUUUUAGAUAAAAGCAUUAAUGUUGGCAUUAUUUAGACAGUUUGUUUUCUGAAGUUUGCAUUCUUUGGAUAAGUAAUGGCUUAAAAAAUUUUUUAAAAACCUACAUGUGUAUAUCUUAAUAAUAAUAAGUGAGAUAAAGUUUAAUAAUAAAUAUUUAAUUUUUCUUUUCAGAUUAAAAAAAGUCAACUUAUAAAAUUGAAAAUAUGAAUUGGUUUGACGCACAAACAUUUUAGACAAAUGUUACUUCAGCAUUUUUAAUUGAUUUGAGGUGUUUUUUUUCCCCUCCAUGAUGUAAUAUAAUGAUGAUUUAAUUUUUGUAUUACCAUAUUCCGGAAUAUAUAUAUUAUGUAAGAUACACUAAAAAUUCUUUAACUGCCUUGGUUGUUUAGUGUGGUUGAAUUUUUAUAACUUAGAAAGAUAAUCCAGCUUAUAAACCAGAAAAAUUGAUAUGGGUGGAUUUUAUUUUAUUUUAUUUAAAGAGUUUUAUCAUUCUUUUACAUUCUCAACUCCAUUAAUUGACAUCAGUAGGAACUGAUGGAUAUUGUUAGAAAACACAUGGCUAUUAUUUUCCUCUAAAGAACUUAAAAAUGCAAGUAUUGCCCAACUGUUGCAUAUUUUAAUCUCGCUGUUCUUACAAUUUAGCACUGUAGAAAGAAAGUCAAGAUGAUAGUGGAUAAAGGCAAGAGUUGAUGGUUAUUUAAUGAUUUUUUAGAAUAUUUUAUAAUCUUUUGAUGUUAAAGUUAAAAACUAUUACACUUUGUAAAGAAAUGAGAGAAUUACAUGUCAAAAAUAAAAGUCAAGUGACUGGGAUACACCAGAUAAUUAUUUUUCCAUUGUGUCUCCAACACUGAGAAAGUAAAGGAAUUUCUAACAUAUUAAUGGAAUGAAAUCAUAUACUUAAUAAGAGUAGAUAUAUAACUACAAGUAAUGGAUAGUUUAUAAAAAAAUUUCAAGUACUUUGAUAAGAAGGUACAAUUAAUAUAACAGUUCUAAGAAUUAACAAGAUUUAGUGGAUAAAGGAAAAUUUCAGUCUGCAAUUAUUGGUUAUAUUUUAGGUUGUAAUAAGAUUGCUUAAUGUUUUAUAAAGAGGUGUGACCAAUAAAAUAAAGUUCAUGUUUUUUGAGGCUUAACUGGCCUUUAAGUUAACCCUAUAUGGUUAGUGAUUUAGGGUUUUAUUUUAUCAGAAAAAUGCAUAUGUCCGAAAUUAUGGUUAGUUUCUUUUUGUAUGUUUCUUAAACAUUUGACAUUAACCCAAAGUCACAGAAACUAAAUGCUAUGAAUUGAAACAGUUUAAAUAACAAUGUGAACAAAUGAUCAGAAAAAAAAAUUGUUAUAAAGUACAUACAAUUAUAAAAUAUAUAGUGAUAUAUAUAUUACAAAAGUCACACACACAUCUAAACUAGCAUUAGUUUUAACAUCUGUAAGGAAAAAAAGAAUGGAAAAUAAAAUGAUCUCACCUAUUUUAAGUGACUUUUGUUGUAUAUCAAACAAUUAGGCCUAAAAUAAAAAUGUGUAACACAAAACUAGGAACAGAGUAUGACAAGAAUGAUAUAAAAUGUUUUGUAAUAGAAGAGGUAUCUGCAGAGUAGAACUCGUACAGUUAUGGUGAUGAGAUUAAACCUCUUUUCACAAUCCUAUGUCUUACUUCAACAGACACCUCUCCUAUUAGGAUACACUUUACUAUAUCCACUCUGUAGUUUGUAUGUUAAGGUUUAUUUGUUUAUCCAACAUAUGUUAGAUGCUAUGUGUUUUUGGCCCAGUUCUUUGGAAUUAUAUUUAUAUAUAUAUAUAGUGAGGUUUUUUGCAUAUUUUUAUUGCUCUGUUUUUCCAUUUAAACUUGAUGGUUAAAUAUUUUGGGAGUGUUUUUUAAAUACAGAAUACCAUUAUAGAUAACUAAACAAAGUUAAGCAGCCAGAAUUGGUAUAUUAAGUAUACAAAAAUUCAAUCACUUUAUGUAUUGGUUUCAUCUUUUCACUUUGAAUGUAUAACUAUAUGUCAAAUAUAUGACUUAAUAAUUGUUAAAUUAACACUGGAGAAUUUAAAUGUCUAAAUAUAUGCCAAGUAUAAAAUCUCCAGCAGCCAUAAAUUUCUUUAACUUUUAAGUCUCCAUAAACAAAUCCCUAAAGUUUUACAAAUAGUUUUAAAAGUCCUAGAAUUGAAAAAACUAUUCUACUUCUCAUCUUGGGAUGUCAAUCUGAUGAUGACUUUAACUUGAUGUUAGUAACUGAUGAUUUCAUGACUAUGGUCUGAGGAGGAAAUCAUUUACAUACUUUAUAAUAAAAUCUUGAAAACUACCAGUUCAUCUACACUUUCGGGCAGUUGGUAAUUAAUUGGGUUUUAUCAAGUAAGGAAGGUUUUUAAUAAUCUUGUUAAUUACUAAUAAGAACUUCAAAACAUCUUGAUUUGCUAUUACAAGAAUUCACUCAUCAUGUUGAAUAUUUGUUUUUAUUUCUUAUAAUAUGCUGUCUGAAACAUAUCUAAAUUUUCGACUAAAACGAUUUUUUUUACACCAUGUUAUUUGAAUUGUCUUUAUUUACUAAAGUGAAUUACAUAUGCAUUUGAGAAAUUAGUAACAUUAACUGGAUGUGACAGAUGUAGUGUGCUUUCUCUCAUCAGUUCUUAGAAUUAAUGCUACUGAUUUAUUGUUUUAGAUUAUUCACAACCUUUAUUUUCUCUCAUCACCAGAACCAUAACUUUUGGCAAGAAAUGUGAAGCCCAAUCUAUCAUUUGUUUCACUAUCAAUCGGAGUUAGAAUGGUCUUAGGGUAUUCCACCUCUUGUUAAUAAUGAACAAGGACAUUUCAUAAAAACAAGACUAGCCCUUGUCCCAGGAUGAGGUGUGGACUUCUCUCCACCUAGUCUAAAUUAGUAACAAAUGACAAAUUGAAUGAUAGAACUGAGCUUUAUUUUUCUUUUUCACCAAAAAUUACAAUUUUCGUAAUAAGAGAAAAAAUUACAGUGAGGAUCACUUCAGAAAACAGACUCAAAUUCAGAUGGUUGGAAAAGAAUUUGUACCUGAUGUUCAAUUUGUUACCUUUGGCUUCAAAAAGUUUGUUAAAGUAAGGAAAAUUAUAUUAUACAAAAUUUCACAAAUAUACUAAGGAGCCAUAUGUAAGCUUCAAAAAUAGUUGUUACGAAGAAAAGGAGUGCAUUGUUAAGAAUUUUUUUUCUACAUUAGUUAAACAGUUGGCAUUAACUCAAAUCCCAGAAUCCAAAUUUUGUGGAAUGAAACAGCUUGAAUGAAAAUGUAAACAAAUGAUAAAAAAGUGUAAAUUCUCUACAAAGUAGUAGUGGGUACAAUUAUAAAUUGCAUAGUGGUGUAUGCAAAAGUAAAUUUUAGUAUAAAAAUUUUUUUAGACUUAACAUAAUUUACAGUUGAAGGUGCUAUAUAAAGGGAUUGAUUGGCUCUUUUUUUUAAUUCUCAAGGUGAGCUAUCUCUUAGAAAUAAUGUUUAUUUUGCUUACUGUAUUGACUUAAGAGUUACAUCUUAUAUGUUUUAGCAUUGAUGUUUUUAAUCCAGUAUUUGGAAAAAUAAUGUUUACCCUUGUUGUGUCUUAUGAUGUUAAUAUAGUUUGACUGUUUUGCUCAUACUUCAUAGCAGAAAUGGUCAUUAAAAGUUUUUUAACAGCUUUUAAUUUUUUCCUAAAAAAAUUAAUAUCAGAAUUAAUUAUUAAAGAAUAAUGAAACAAAUUCAUUCAGGUAUGAAACCUGUACUGAGUGUUGUAUGUUUUUAUCACCAUCUUUCAAAAUGGUCAUAUUUAGUGUUUGACAUGCUUUAUUAGAAAUUUCUAAAAUAAAAUAAAAUAAAAAAAACGUUUGACAGGGUUAAGAACAUGGAAUAUUACAUUCUGUUAUAUGCAUACAGGAUAUUCAUGGCUAAAGCCCUUUUACAUUUCCUAGAGAUUUAAAGGAUUACUUUUUUUCUAAGCAAAUGUGUUUAUAAAAGUAUAGAAAGGUAGAAAGCUAUGUUCCAUAACCUUAGGUUAAAACGUUUACCACAAAAAAAUCUUGAAUAUAUCCAUUCUUUUAUUUGUUUGAUUGAGCAUGUACCUUUACUGCUUAAUUCUUGAAAAAGUACUUAGUAUAAAUUUUCAAGACCUCUUCCAAAGUUUUGAAAGUAGAGGUAAAUUAUAUGUUUCUUUUAUCAAUCAUUUUGUGUUCAACAGUGUUUCACACGCUGCACGCUGGUCGUUUUUUGCUUAUAUUUAUGAUUCUAACCUCAAGCUUAUAAAAGACAUGCAAGCUAACAGUCUUGUUUUGUUUCAGGAAAAAAAAAAGAGCUAAACAUUAGGUAUUUUGUGGUGUGCUAUUCUGUAGGUAAAAUGUGUUUAAUAAAAAAGUAAUUGUAUUCUAUAUUGAGAAAAGUUGUUCAGUAUGCUAGCACAGCAUGCUUAGGUAAUGGCUCUUUUAUGUUAAGAAGAGAAUGGUGUUCAUAGAUGUAGUAAUAAUGCAUGAUCUUGUGUUUAAUAUAUUAACUAAACUGCAGAAUUUAUACUGUAUAAGACUUUUCACUUGUAUAUAUGAAUAUUUCUAGGUGUGCAUUUUAUCAGGAUGUAUUGAAAAUAAAUCAUGAUUAUCACAUUUAAUAGAUACCUUUAUUUCAUGUUAUUAUUUAUGUAAAAUCAGAGUAAGCUACAAGUAACUUAUUCAUGCACAAUAAAGCCUUUAAAAAAAAGGCUUUUUUGUUUAUCUGUAUUUCUAUGAAGUUUUGUAUCAAAUUAAUGUUAAAAAAAAUUUAAGGCUUCUUUGGAAAUGGCAUUAAGUAUCUUCUAACUGAAAUUAGCAGUGGAUAUUGCAUGUGCAGCGUGAAUUUGCCUGUUCACAAAACAGUGACUAAAUACAUGUAUGUAAUAACAUUUCUAUUUGAAGUUAAGUUUCCAAACAAUUCAGGUACAUUAUGCUAACCAAAGAAGGAUGAACAGUUUAUAAUAGAAAACAUUUUAGUAUAAGUGGCCAAAAAAGGGGAGGGGAACCAAUUUCAUUUCUUACAAAAUGGAGUCAGAUUUUUCUUUAGGGUUAGAAAGUCCUCCGUGAAUUUAAGUUCCCACAGAAACUUAGUUGUUACCACAACUUUUUUAAACCUUGGGAAAAUAAUAAUUUUAAUAGUCAGUUACAUUUUAGAUCAUCCAUAUUAUGAGUAGGAAUUUGUUCAAAUACAGAAAGGUAUUAACAAUCACUUGCUAUUAAAGUGAAAAACAUUUUUCCCAGUAAAAUGGUUUACUAGUUAUUGCUGUACAACAGUAAUGAUACUAGAGUGAGUUUCCCUGUAUUUAUCAAAGAACGAUCUUAGAACUUGGCAACUUGUGCAUGAUAAGUACACUUCAACAGUGUGAAUAAGGCCUAUUUAUCCUUCAAGAAUAAUACAAUUUAUAAUUUCAUGCAUUUAACUCUUUUUAAACCCAUUAUUUUUUAUGCAUUCUGCCAGAAUUAUUUUCAUGAUGUCCUUAUAAAACUUCCAGUAUAUUUACCAAAGGUGGAUAAUAACAUGGUUUGGAUUAGUUUUCAGCCAAAGAGACAAAUGUUAUCAGGCGCCGUCACCAUCUGAUGGGUAAAUUGGAAUUUUCGGCCGGAUUCUGGCAGCGUCCACUCAGGUUUAAGGAGUUUAAUGCAAUGACAUUUAUUAAAAUAGUUCUACGGCCAUGCAUUAAAAGGGCAUUUAAAGUGACUGACAAAACAAUUUAUUUUAUUUUUAACUUGUUUUCUGAAAGUUUAAUUAUGAUGAUAGAGACUUACAAUUUUAAAUACAGACUAAUAUAGGUAUAGACAUGUACAUAUGUUAAAUGUGUAUUUAUUCUUAACAAGGUUAAUGCAGCUCAUUGUAUAUAGUGAGAAAGGAAGGUAAAUUAGAUAGAUAAAUACAACCACGAUUUUAAUUGAAAUUAAACAUAUUUGGCCUAGAUGGAAGUAUAGUAUGUGCUCUUAACAGACUGCCAUAAGUUGUAAUUUUUUUCAAAGUAAAAUAUUAUAGUGUUAACAAGAAUACAUUAAUAGUACUUGUGCAUUAUUAAUUAAAUCUUUCAGCAGUUUUGGAUUUUAUCUUUGUUUUUGAAUUGUUGAAAACAGUACAUUUAGGCCAAUUGCAAUACUAUAAAAGUUAAAAUCAAAAAGGUGAUAAGAUUAUAUAGUUUUCAUUAAUAAAUUAGAAAACUAAAAUGAAACUUAAAAUGUACUGUAAGCCCAAUAAUGAAAAAAAAAAAAAGGCUUAUAGACAUACAACAUUCAUCCUGUGGUAUAUAAUUAAAUAUAUUUCAGCACUAUUCUGGUACAAAAAUAUCUUAUUAUAAAGUACCAGUAGGUCAAUGUGGAAAGUCUCUUAUUUUGUACAUAAUAGUGUAUUCUGGAUUUAAUAUUAACUGGCAGGGUUGUUUUUAAUUUAAGUUUUGAAGACUGUAUUAUGCUUAGUAAUAGCAUAUCUUACAUAAUUUUGUACAGUGUUUGAUAUCUUAAAAAGUGCGUGUGUGUCGUGCCAAAUAUUUGUAGUACACGUCACAGGUGUUGUUUAAUAUGGAAAUGAGGUGCAGAAUGGUAUUACUGUUUGUUUCUGUAUGUGGUGAUUUUUAAGUAUUAUGAGACUUGUGUAUUUUAGCAUUUUUUCUCUGUGAUUGUAACGACUUCUUAAACCUGUAUAUAGAAGAUUUAAGCUUCAAUAAAGCAUUAAGCACUAAAUUCACUUAACAGCCAUUUGUUGUUCUUGUAGAAUCAGUCAACUUACAUUUGAUGCUUAUUUGUAAAUGGCAAACUAGCUUAAGUUAACAAAAUAACCUUCAAAAAUUAUUGUCUGUGGUUAUUUGAUUAAAUGUGGCACAAACUUGUAAAGGAAAAGUAGUAGAACUUGAUAAUUGGGGAAUGUAUACAUCUUUUUAUUUGUGUCACUAAAUGGGGUCAUUGGAAAUAUGAGGUGUAUAUCCUGUACACUACUUCGGUGUUCUUGAUUGUUAAAUACAAAGAUAAAUUAUUAUUUUGUCAGUUAUAAUUGCACUAAAAAGGAAAUUGUAAAUAACAUUUAGUAAUGACCAAAGUGAACUUUUUGAUAGUUCUAUAAUUUGGUUGCCAUUUUUUGUUCUGUGUGGCUGAUGUAGUUAUACACUCUUGAACUCCUUUGUUUGCUAGUGUAAAUAAAUAACUAUAAACACA